UCUUGAUUUAAGUUUAUAUCGCUUUUCUAUCCACUGGACAGGGUUUCAACUCUGUACAUAUCCACCCUGGCCUCCCUUCCAUUCCGUUUUAAAGGGUCCGGCGGUGCCAAUAUGGCGCCUAUCACCCAGCACCACCAUCGCUCCACCACCAAGAGCGCCAACAAAUCCUACAAACCCCGCCAUGCCUCCAAGGGAACCCUGAAGGACAGGGAGAAGGGCAAAGUCGAGAGAUCCGAGCGGGGCACGCGCAAAACCCCCCACCAACAGCUCAUGUCGAAACUCGAUCGUCGCAACCAGGCCCGCCAGAGACAGCAGGUGAAGCAUCAGGAGAAGGCUCAGACGGUCAGCGUCUUUGCCGGUCAACAUGGAGCCCCCCGCCAUGUCGCCAUCGUUCCCCUCACCCCCGAUAUCGAUAUCCCCGCCGUCGUGCGCUCGUUGAACGAGAGUGUCGACGCCUCGAGCGAUAUGUCCGAUGACUCCGUCUCCCGCGUGCACAUUGCUCGCUUUCGCCAGAGCUUGCAGUACAUCCCCGCCAAGUAUGACCUCAUGAAUGCGCUGGAUGUGUGCCGCAUGGCCGACUUCGUGGUGUUUGUGCUCUCCGCCGAGGAGGAGGUUGACGAAGAGGGCGAGAUGCUGUUGAGGUCGGUUGAGGGUCAGGGUAUCUCCAACGUGGUUGCGCUUGUGCAGGGCCUUGAUAAGAUCAACCCCGCCAAGAAACGCCCACAGGUGGCCGGGUCGCUGAAGUCGUUCAUGAACCACUUCUUCCCCGCCGUCGACAAGGUUCUUUCCACCGACUCCCGACAGGAGUGCUCCAACGCCAUCCGGUCUCUUUGCACUGCGACGCCGAAAGGAAUCCACUGGCGCGACGACCGCAGCUGGAUGCUGAUCGAGAAUGUUCAGUGGCCCGAGGCUACUUCCGAAGUGGUGGAUGACGUUGUCGUGACGGGUGUGGUCCGUGGGAAGGGUUUGAAAGCAGACCGUCUGGUGCAUAUUCCCGGCUGGGGCGACUUCCAAGUCGACUCUAUCACAGCCGCGCCCUUGCCCUCUGCGCGGGCUAAGCGCGGCGACACCAUGAAUGUCGACGAGACCGAGUCGACGCAAGUCCUUGAUGUGCCCACCGACGACCGCGAUGACCUGGCCACUGUGGCACCGGAGGAGAUCGAGAUGGAAGAUGACACCAUGGAAGUUCCCGAGGCUGAGCGGAAAGGCGUACUCCUGGACGACCACCACUACUUCUCUGACGAUGAUGCCCAUAUCCCCGCAAAGCCCAAGAAAUUGCCUCGGGGUACAUCCGACUACCAAGCCGCCUGGUACCUCGAAGACGUAUCUGACUCGGGCUCCGACGUCUCCGACAUGGACGAGGAUCAAGAGAUGGACAUGGACACCGCCGGCGCCCCCGAAGAUGGCGUGUUCCCCGAUGCCGGCGACGCCAUGACCGAGGCUGGAGGCACCGAAUACCCCCAAUCCGAGAUGUUCCAGGACCGGUCCCCGGAGGACGAAGCCGACCAGCUGGAGGAGUACCGCGCGAGCCGCCGCCAAGAGGCAGACGAGGAUCGCGAGUUCCCCGAUGAAAUCGAACUGCACCCGAACGUGCUCGCGCGCGAGCGACUGGCCCGCUUCCGCGGCCUGAAGAGCCUCAAGACCAGCGUCUGGGAGACGUCAGAAGACCGUCCCUACGAGCCCGAAGACUGGCGCCGACUCCUCCAAGUCGGCGACUACAAGGGCAUCAGGAACCGCACCCUCCGCGAAGCCCUCAUCGGCGGCGUGAACCCCGGCAACCGCGUCGACGUCCACCUGCGCGCCGUCCCCGCAACCCUGCGCAGCCGGCCGCAGCCCCUCUCCCUCUUCUCGCUGCUCCGCCACGAGCACAAGCACACCGCCGUCAACGUGAACAUGCACCUCAGCGCGAGCUACGAGGAGCCCCUCAAAUCCAAGGAGGAGCUCAUCGUGCAAGUCGGCCCCCGCCGCCUCGUCGUCAAACCCGUCUUCUCCUCCGCCGACAACACCCCCAACAAUGUGCACAAGUUCGACCGCUUCCUGCACCCAGGCCGCAGCGCCCUCGCCACGUGGAUCGGCCCCGUAACAUGGGGCGCCGUCCCGGUUCUCGUCUUCAAGAACCAGCGCGUCCAGGACCCCGAGGUCCUCGACGACGCCGCCGCCGACAACGGCCCCUCGCGCCUCGAGCUCAUCGCCACCGGCACGGUCGUCGCGCCGGACCCGUCCCGCGUCGUCGCCAAGCGCUCCAUCCUCACGGGCCACCCCUUCAAGAUCCACAAGCGCGUCGUCACCGUCCGCUACAUGUUCUUCAACGCCGAGGACAUCGCCUGGUUCAAGGCCCUGCAGCUGUGGACUAAGCGCGGUCGCAGCGGCUACAUCAAGGAGAGUCUGGGUACCCAUGGUUACUUCAAGGCUACCUUUGACAGCAAGAUCAACCCGCACGACUCUGUCGGCAUCAGUCUUUAUAAGCGCGUGUUUCCGCGUAAGGCGCUGGCUUUGGAAGACGUUGCUGCUUCGGCCUAAGCUGAGAGGAUUUCGGAUAGGAACGUAUGGAUGAAUGGAUGGAUGGAUGGAUGGAUGAUGGAAAGGGUUGGACGGAUAUGAUACCACCAAAUUAAACCGCUGCAUGAAUUGAUGAGUCUAACGUCUGAAAGAGACGAUGUCUGUCUGAGAAUGGAGCGGACGUCGUUUCAAAAAAGUGAGGAAAAAAAGCACGAGCAUCUU